UGGGCGCGAAGGCAGCCGGGGGUGAGGCGGCCAUCGAGCCCUUCCGGAAGGGGAACGCAUCCUAGGUGCCAGGGAUGAAGAGGAGUGACCUUUGUGGAGGGAUCGAAACUGGAGGAAGGGGCGACUUGGGACUGAGCUGGAAUGGGUCGCCUGAGGAUGGGCGAAUGACAUGGAGGGAAAGAAGGAGAAAUCAGGAAGAUGCUGCCUGAACCGCACCUGAAACUCUCUUCUUCCUUUCUGUUUGGAAAUGAUUGGUACCCGAGACUUUGAUUUCGGUCCCAUUCAGUUUUUAAACUUCAGGAGAGAUCACAGAAUCUUGAUCCUCUUGCUUUCGUCACACCCACUUAGUCCUGCUUGGUUUCCUGGUGAUGACAUGGCAUCUGCCAGCUCCAACCGGGCAGGAGUGGCCCUGCCUUUUGAGAAGUCUCAGCUGAUUUUGAAAGUGGUGUCAGCAAAGCCCAAGGUGCAUAGUCGUCAACCUCGAAUUAACUCGUUUGUGGAAGUGGCAGUGGAUGGACUCCCCAGUGAGACCAAGAAGACUGGGAAGCGAAUUGGGAGCUCCGAGCUUCUCUGGAACGAGAUCAUCAUUUUGAAUGUCACGGCCCAGAGUCAUUUAGAUCUGAAGGUCUGGAGCUGCCACACCUUGAGAAAUGAACUGCUAGGCACCGCCUCCGUCAACCUCUCCAAUGUCCUGAAGAACAAUGGGGGCAAAAUGGAGAACACGCAGCUGACCCUGAACCUGCAGACUGAAAACAAAGGCGGUGUUGUCUCGGGUGGUGAGCUGACAAUUUUCCUGGACGGGCCCACUGUUGAUCUGGGAAGCGUGCCUAAUGGCAGUGCCGUGACGGACGGUUCACAGCCACCUUCAAGAGAGUCCAGCGGGACAGCUGUCGCUCCAGAGACCCGGCACCAGCCCCCCAGCACAAACUGCUUUGGUGGGAGAUCCCGGACGCACAGACAUUCAGGUGGUUCGGCCAGAACAGCCACAACAACCGGCGAGCAGAGCCCCAGUACUAGCAGCCGGCACCACCAGCCCGUCAAGAACCCAAGCCACAGUGGCUUGGCCAAUGGCACAGUGAACGAUGAACCCACUGCAGCCCCUGAUCCUGAAGAACCCUCUGUUGUGGGUGUGACGUCCCCGCCUGCUGCAGCGUCGAGCGUGACCCCGAACCCCACUGCAGCGGCUCUCCCUGCCACAGCCACGCCGGCCGAGGGAGAGGAGCCCAGCACUUCGGGUACACAGCAGCUCCCAGCCGCUGUCCAGGCCCCCGACGCUCUGCCUGCUGGAUGGGAGCAGCGAGAACUCCCCAACGGGCGUGUCUAUUAUGUGGACCACAAUACCAAGACCACCACCUGGGAGCGGCCUCUUCCUCCAGGCUGGGAGAAACGCACAGACCCCCGAGGCAGGUUCUACUAUGUGGAUCACAACACCCGGACCACCACCUGGCAGCGCCCCACUGCCGAGUACGUGCGGAACUAUGAGCAGUGGCAGUCGCAGCGGAACCAGCUCCAGGGCGCCAUGCAGCACUUCAGCCAAAGAUUCCUCUACCAGUCUUCGAGUGCUUUCUCUGACCAUGACCCAUUGGGCCCUCUCCCUUCUGGCUGGGAGAAGAGACAGGACAAUGGACGGGUGUAUUACGUGAACCAUAACACACGCACUACCCAAUGGGAGGACCCUCGGACCCAGGGGAUGAUCCAGGAACCAGCUCUGCCCCCAGGGUGGGAGAUGAAGUACACCAGCGAGGGGGUGCGUUACUUUGUGGACCACAACACCCGCACCACCACCUUUAAAGAUCCUCGCCCCGGGUUUGAAUCUGGGGCGAAACAAGGUUCCCCUGGUGCCUACGACCGAAGUUUUCGGUGGAAGUAUCACCAGUUCCGUUUCCUCUGCCAUUCAAAUGCUCUCCCCAGCCACGUGAAGAUCAGUGUUUCCAGGCAGACUCUUUUCGAGGAUUCUUUCCAACAGAUCAUGAACAUGAAACCCUACGACCUGCGCCGCCGGCUCUACAUCAUCAUGCGCGGCGAGGAGGGCCUGGACUAUGGCGGUAUCGCCAGAGAGUGGUUUUUCCUCCUGUCCCACGAGGUGCUCAACCCCAUGUAUUGUUUAUUUGAAUACGCUGGGAAGAACAAUUACUGCCUGCAGAUCAACCCCGCUUCCUCCAUCAACCCCGACCACCUCACCUACUUCCGCUUUAUUGGCAGAUUCAUUGCCAUGGCUCUGUACCAUGGGAAGUUCAUUGAUACAGGCUUCACCCUCCCUUUCUACAAGCGGAUGCUAAACAAGAGACCAACCCUGAAAGACCUGGAAUCCAUCGACCCCGAAUUCUACAACUCUAUUGUCUGGAUCAAAGAGAACAACCUGGAAGAGUGUGGCCUAGAGCUGUACUUCAUCCAGGACAUGGAGAUCCUGGGCAAGGUGACGACCCACGAGCUGAAGGAAGGUGGUGAGAGCAUCCGAGUGACAGAAGAGAACAAGGAAGAGUACAUUAUGCUGCUAACUGACUGGCGUUUCACUCGGGGUGUGGAGGAGCAGACCAAAGCUUUCCUGGACGGCUUCAACGAGGUGGCCCCCCUGGAGUGGUUGCGCUAUUUUGAUGAGAAAGAGCUGGAGCUGAUGCUGUGCGGCAUGCAGGAGAUAGACAUGAGCGACUGGCAAAAGAACACCAUCUACCGGCACUACACCAAGAACAGCAAGCAGAUCCAGUGGUUCUGGCAGGUGGUGAAGGAGAUGGACAAUGAGAAGAGGAUCCGGCUGCUGCAGUUUGUUACUGGGACCUGCCGCCUGCCUGUUGGGGGAUUUGCUGAACUCAUCGGUAGCAAUGGACCACAGAAGUUUUGCAUUGACAAGGUUGGCAAGGAAACCUGGCUGCCCAGAAGCCACACCUGUUUCAAUCGGCUGGAUCUCCCACCGUACAAGAGCUACGAACAGCUGAAAGAGAAGCUGCUGUAUGCCAUCGAGGAGACUGAGGGCUUUGGACAGGAGUAACCGAGGCUGUCCCCUCCCAUGUCCCCCAGCGCACAUGUAGUCAUGAGUCCUCCCUGCCCAAGAGGCCGCUGGCCCCGCAGCCCCCGGGAGGCCCCUGCAGAUGGUGGCCCUGCAUGGGACCACACUCAUCAGACUGGUGGCAGCAGAGCCUGACCUCAAGAGGCCCUGCCUGCUCCUCCCUCCUACCCACUGGUAGCAGUCUGGAAUAAAGUCCCCACGUCACCUUUGGCCCCAUCACCCAUUGCAAAGUCUGAAGGGCUGACCCUCUUUGCAGAGCUCACCUUUCUCCCCUGAGACCAACCCUAGGCGUGUGUGAGUGUGCAAGGGAGGGGCCGUGUCAGAAGCCCUGGGCCUCACAGGCUGGUUAGAUAAGGAGACCAGCCAUUCGGGGUAGCCAUUCUGGGCUGAGAAAGCCCAGGGUCUUUGCCAGUAAAAGAGGUUCUGUUUUAUAUAGAACUUUUCUGGUGAGCUGUACAGAUGAAGGUCUGAGGGAGAGGAGCUCUGAAUCAGGGCCGCCUCGCAUCCCUCCCUAGUUGGCUCUCCACUGGAGGCUGAGCAGCAAGGCCCCUCCCUCCACUCAGUGCUGGCCAGUUUGUUCUCUCCAGCAGAGAAAGGGUCAUACCAGCUGCUUGGGUGUCAGUGGGAUGGAAACAGCAAACUCCCUCAGACUUUCUUUUCCCUUUUACAUGAACUUGAAGCGUUUGGUGUGUAGGGUUGCUUUGUGUUUUGUUGUUGGUAUGCUGCUGUCACUUUCUGUCAAGGAGCUGGUGCACCAGGUGUGGCUGGGACCUUGAGGGACCCAGCACUGCUGGUCCAAGAACUUCCCAAACAGCUGCUCCUCUUAGGAACCCGCUUAGCAGUUCUGUGAGCUCAGGCAGGCUUGCCCUGGUGGCCCAGCUUCACGGCAGCCUCGUCCCCGAGGUCUGGACAGAGUUGGGAAGAGGGUUGUUGUCCCGAGCGCCACCCCAGCCUCGCCACCUCUAUAGAGAAGAACUCCCUUUGCUCGAUGUAGUGACGGGGCACAAGCGGCUGACCUGCCAGGCCCCCGGACCUCCAGGUGGGGCCAUUCGUCUGGGUUGAGGAUGCAGUGGAUCCCAGCCACCUGUGGAGUGUGUGCACUCUGCCUAGAAGUGAAGCUUUCCCUUCACAUAAGAAGUGAUGUGCUUGGAAACCAGCAGGAGGGCCCUGAGCUGCUGCACACCGUCUGACUUGAUUUCUCGUGCUCGCGCCAGCCCCUUCCGUGGGCAUUCUGCCACAUGUGGAGAUCUUCAGGUGACCGUGCUCCUCUGGGAUGCUGCGGUGGUGAUUGUCGCAGACUCCCCAGUUAAGGCCUUCAGGGUUCUAGCUCCAAGCACCAGCUGCAGACUAGCUGGAGCUUCCUGGGUCCCCAGGCAGGCCCUCAGACCGGUCAUGGGGCCUUCUGAGGACAGUCUCAUGUUCCCAGGUCCUCAUCCUUACCCCGGCCCAUGGUGCGUGUGCUGAUUUGAGUGACUCAGCUCACCGCAGCUCAACCUUUCUUCCCUCAAAUCGUUUGCUGUGCUUCCCUGCAGCAUCUCACCAUGUUGGGGGUUGGGGUGCAAGCUGCCAUGUGAGGUUUGGAAGCCUCAGGCUCGUGGGUAUGCAGGGUGUGUUCAUGUGGGUGUGCGUGUGUACAUACGUGUAUGUAACUGAGGUGUCUGUACGGAAUGCCCUUUGGUAGCUCUGAGUUGGUCACCGGAUCGUUUUGUAACGCCCACCCCCUUGCCUCGGUAUUGCCAGUUUCUUGUGCAAUAAACAAUCAGCAGCUGUG